AUCUAGUUUUCUGGAAAUCCAAGACGCAUGCAGCACAUUGUACCAUUCCUGAGAAGCAAGCGGACGAACACUGCUGGGCUCUUGACGUGGACACUGAAAAUGGCUGGAGUUAGCGGCUGCAUGAAGUACUCGAUGUUUUUUUUCAACUUCUUGUUCUGGCUCUGUGGAUGUUUCAUACUUGGAGUUUCGAUUUGGCUUCGUGUGAGCAAAGAUGCCCACCAAACCAUACAAAUUGACAUCUCUGCCGUCAAUCUUAUGAUUGCCAUUGGGGCCAUCAUAAUGGGGCUUGGAUUUUUUGGCUGCUGUGGUGCAAUCCGAGAGAGCAGGUGUCUGCUUCUUCUGUUUUUCAUCGGCUUGCUCCUCAUCUUUAUUCUCCUGGUUGCUGCAGGAAUCCUGGGGGUUGUGUACAGAUCGAAGGCUGAAGGGAUGCUUACAGACACUCUUAAAAAGUACAUUCCCAUUGAUCAACAGUCAGAGGAGUUCAAGAAGGACAUUGAAAAUCUGCAAACUCAGGGCAAGUGUUGUGGACUGAUCAAUGGUGCCCAGGACUGGGGAGCUGCAAUUCCAUCCUCCUGUAAUUGCAAGGGGGAUCCUGCUUCAAACUGUGUGUCCUAUAAAGGCACUGAAGUGUACAAACAGCCCUGCCUGCAGUUCUUGGCUCAUGUGGUGUCUAAACACGCUGCGAUUAUUCUCGGAGUGGCCUUCGGGCUGGCAGUUGUCAUGCUCUUCGGUUUGGGCUUCUCGAUGUCACUCUACUGCCAGAUCGGUUCAAAAUGAGAAGACCGCAUUCUAAAUUUUUUCUCAGCAAUGGCUCCUGGCUUCACGCUCGCGCAGAAAAUGAGCAAGAAUGGUUACAGAGCUUUUUUUUUUUAAUGUAAGCAUUUAAAAAUAAAAACAUUUUAAACGAAGUAACGACUUAUGCUGUGCCAUUAACCCAAAUAGCGUAAAUACUGUAUUUGUUGGCUAUGUAUUACUAGUGGAGAUAAAUAUUUGAUAAAAUGUUUUUUUUUUUUUUUUUUAAUUUUGGUAUAAAGGGAAUUGUGUAGUUUUUACUAAAUGCUGUUUUAAUAGCUUAUAUUUACAUUUGUAUUGCCAAAUAUGUUCUGAACUGCAUAUUAAAGGUAGCUCAUGUUUUAUUGUAUGCUGGUUGGGUGUGUCUGUUUUUACCAUCUGAACAUUGUGAUCUACUGUCUUCCUGAUGCUAUUAGCUCUAAUAUUGCCGGGUAUUUAUGGUGCUAUUAUAAUGCCAGCUACGUACGGUAUCUAUGAUUAUGACUCAAGCUUGUAAAGGCUAUCUUAAAAAUAGCCUCGUACUGACAGCACAGCAAACACUGGCAAGCAUUUACAUGGUUUCUUAUCCAAGUAAUCUUUAUGGUAUUGCCUGGGAAUAAGAGUGUGCCUGUCUCACACAGGAAGUCUCUCCCACUAUUUCAAUGUAAACUGGAAUAUGGACUUUACUGCUUAGUAACUAUCUAUUCUAUCAUUCUUUCUCAUUGAUAAGGUUCUUUGUUUCUGGAGUUUGUUUUUGAGGAGCAGCAAAAAUACUGUAAUAAAGCA